GUGACUGCAGCGUCCUGCAUUACUGAGGAAUAAAACCGAGAACAGGAACAAGACAUUAACACCUGAAAGCACAUAAGAGAGAUUUAUUGUAACCACUGAGAGGAGGGAAAUGAAUGCAGCAGCAAUGUGAAAAACAUCUGCACUGAUCAGGUUUUCUUGCUCGAGUGGGAAAGUUUUAGAGAAAUGUAACCUUUCCUUUUCUGAGAGGUAAACCAUGGCAAAGAGUUUACAGAGACGCCCCGAUACACCCAGCGUGAGGGUCCUUGAUUUGGGUUGGCAAGGUCUGCUGAAUCCAAAUCCUAUAAGCCGAGAAGAUGAAACCCUUGUUGAUGAAUACCUCUCCCCUUCAAGACUGAAAGCACUUACUGGGGAAGAUAAUCUGCAAGAAGUUACAACACUCCAAAUGUGUGUGGACACAAGGGAGCGCACCUUGGGGAAUUUUGGUACACACAUGCCAAACCUUAGAGAACUUAAGUUGAACAAUAGCGUGAUAAUGUCCAUCAGAGAUCUUGGUACUUCGCUGUCACGUUUACAAGUGCUCUGGAUGGCUCGUUGUAGCCUUACUGAUCUUGAUGGCAUAUCCUCCUUCUCUUCUUUAAAGGAGCUGUACCUGGCUUAUAAUGAUCUCAAGGAUCUCAGCCAGGUAAGCAUGCUGGAAAAUCUGGAGAUCCUUGAUCUUGAAGGCAACAAUCUGGAUAAUAUUAGCGAACUACAGUACUUGGCUUUAUGCAGCAAGCUUACAACACUCACUUUGGAAGGAAACCCCAUAUGUUCCCGACCCAGUCCUGAAGACACUGAGUCUUCAGAUUACAAUUACUGUGUAGAAGUGAAAAGAUUGAUCCCACAAUUGCAAUACAUUGAUGAUGUCCCAGCUGACCAGAGAAACCCAAACACACCACGCACUCCAAACCAGGACUGGCUAAUGGUGUUGGACUCCCUCAAAGAAAGUGCUAUCAGCUUAGCAUCUGUGGACCUAGGACGUGCCCAGAGAAAGCCAUCUAUGAGACCCAGUACAGCCCAGCCAGUAUUAAUCAGGCGACCACACUCAGCCCCAAGAGCCUCAAGUGCUGGAAGAAUUGUCACUAGCCUCCCAAGUGCUGAACCAUUAGAUGAUUCUCCAGUCGAGGAUGAAGCCAGUGACCUAACUCAUGGUGUUGGCAAAGUCAUCUGUGGGAAUCCUAUUAAAGCUCUGCGUGCACGCAAGGAAAAGUUGGAGGCAACUCAUGGCUCAAGUGUACCACCGAAGGGAUUCAAGCCGGAAGUCUCAUUUGAUUCUGUGUCUCAAAGGGAUAGGGAUGAUGUGUUUGCAGAACUGAAAGCUUGGAGAGAGAUGCAUCAUGAGGUGCUGCAAAGGAUAAAGGAUGAACGGGCUCCACAGGUUCUCACAAUAUCACAUAGUGAUGAAGAGGAUACAGAUAGUUUCUCUUCCAGCAGUGAGGAUGAAGAUCUGGGGGACACUUGGGACUCAGGAUGCCCUGUUAGAGUAUCCCCUGAGACCUCAAUUCACUCUCCUAGAUCACCGACAGCCAUCCCACUGAAUGCUGGAGAGUUGAUAUCACCUGAUUCCCCACAGCAGCCAUCACCCCCUAUGACUCCAUGCCCACCAGUUUCAAUAGGUGUAAAUUCCAGACCCAACAAGGGUGCAGACAUUCGAGCCAGGCGUUUGCUUAGGGUCUACACUCCAAGCAAGAGCACAGCACUGAGAGCAAUGCCAACAGAUACGUGCAUGGGGGAUGAGGCCUUUUUGCCAACUGAUAUUGAUGACAACAUUAUUAGGGCUCAGUUGAUGAUCCAACAAACUAGUAAACCAGUAGGUGAGCUGAACACAAGGUCAUCUUCUGGAACAGGACAACUGGAAAAUAAUAACUCCAGGCCAACAUUAGCCAGAUUUAUUUCCUCUCAUCAGCCUGUUAUUCGCUCCUCCAUCAAAACCCCAGAGAGACCCUCACCCCCACAAAUCAUUCGUCCUGUUACAGCCACAGGUAUUCUGCAAAGGCUGCCCAAUCGACCAACUCUUUUAACAGCCAGCAAAAGUUCAAGUACAUAGCAAGCAGAAAAAAACAUAUUCUACAAAGGCCACCAAAGAAGCCUCCAUAUUUUAAUGGACUGCUUCCUUCUAGCUCAGUGGAACUCUUCACAAGCAACAUACUGGAGGACCAAUUUCUGAAAAUAGUUCAACAAUUUUAAGAUGGUAAAGGGAACCUUCUUAAUAAAAAAUUAUUUUGAUGGUAAGUUGCCUUGAAUUGAUAACUUAAAGCCCAACUUCAAUCUGACGUUCAGGUAUUACUACAGUUAACCUGAUAUUCUAUUCACUCCCAUGUCACGCUUUGAUGGAUCAGGGAAGCAACGAUUUGGGGAGUUGGUUUAUGGGGUCUUCACACUUUAGGGCUGUCACUUACUUGAGUUGUCCCUGUGCCUGACUGGGGUGGUGACUGGUGUGCCAUGGAGUAAAAAAAAAAAAAAUGUGACUCCUUGACCCUGCCCUCCUUCACUUGAGACCUCUUUAUUUUCUCCACCUUAUUAUAGGAAUACAAAUAGACAGACAUGAAGGCCUUUUAGUGCAAAAAACUGGACAUGUGGUUGUUGUGAAGGACUAAAAACACAUUCAAUUUUUCAGGUUUUAGUGGAGUCAAAGGGAUUGUCCCAUCUGGGACAUUGAUGGCAUAUUGCUAGGGUAUGCUAUCCAUGUCAGAUAGGUGGAGGUCCCACCUCUGGAACACGCUCCUAUCGCACAUGUGUGGCGUGCUCUCCAUUCAUCACUAUGGGAGCUCCUGAAAAUAGGUCAGAGGGUUCACUGUGCCGUUUUCAAAAGUUCUAUAUUGGUGAAUAUACUGCGCAAGUCUGCCCACUUCUCUAUUCACCACUAUGCGACUGCUGAAAAUGAUCAAGCCAGUGCUUGGCUGUUUCCAGGACUCACAUAUCUGGGAACGGAGGGUGGCCUCACAUGCAUGGCUGCUUUGUUACUUUGGGGGGGGGGGGGGGCCCGUUCUGGAGAUAGAUGCCAGUCCCACACCUGGGACCUGUUCCUAUCUGGCAUUGAUGGCAUAUCCUAGCGAUAUGCCAUAAAUGCUCCAGUUGGGAAUACCCCUUUAUAGUUACAAAACGACUAUCACAUACCUUAUUUAAGGAAUUCUGAGUUAAUAGGGAGAGGGUCUCUCAUUCAGCACCCUCAUCUAUUGAACAGAGCACAAAGUGACUACAAAGAACAUGUCUCUCUGGAGGACCUGGGGCAUUCAUGCAUUACAUGGACAGUCAGUUAAUUUAAGUGGGCCCCAUUUAAUGCUUAAAGGGGUUUUCUCAUUUCAGACAAUGGGGGCAUAUCGCGAGGAUAU